CAAUGCGCACAAAGCCCUCUCUGCACCCUCAACGCAACUGUAUUCAGAGAUACGUGCCUUUGUGCUCUAGUACGACGCGACCCAGGGCAGCCCUGUUCGCACACACAGCUCAUCUCCAGAUGCGUCUGGCCCUGGCGGGUGUAGCGGCUGAGAUGCUGAGCGGCGCAGCCAGCAGAGCUAGGCCGAGGCUCGGCACCUUCUUGCUGGCCCCCGCCACCAAAACAGUACCGCCGCUGGCAGGCACGGGGAGCCAGAGAUUUCGGUCAACGUCCUCGAUGCAGGGAUAUUCAGAGAUGGCGCGAGAGCGGUCGAAGACUGUCACGUCGUUUUAUAACCAGUCUGCAAUAGAUUCUUCUGCAGAAAAGGCCUCUGUUCGACUGACUUUAGCAACCCUGUUGUAUUCUGGGAAGUCUGCUGAUGGACACCACAUCUUGAGCAGUGCCAAGUACCUCCACAAGGAGCUGCCUGUACGAAUCUCUCAUCGCAUCAAGGGUUUCCGUAGUUUGCCCUUCAUUAUUGGCUGCAACCCCACGAUUCUGCAAGUGCAUGAACUGUAUAUCAGAGCCUAUCACAUGCUCAGUGACUUUCCAGAGAUCAAGGAUCAGGACGUGGAGGCUCGUUUCUGCAAACUAGUGCGGCAGCUGCUGGACGACCACAAGGAUGUGGUCACAAUGCUGGCACAGGGCUUCAGGGAGUGUCGCAGACACAUCCAGGAUGAGAUGGUCAUCCGCAACUUUCUGGAUACAACGCUGUGCUCUCGUUUGGGAAUACGAAUGCUGGCCACGCACCAUCUCGCCCUUCAUGAAGAUAAUCCUGAUUUUGUUGGGAUCAUAUGCAGACGUCUCUCACCCAAAAAGAUCAUCGAGAAGUGGGUGGAUUUUGCCAGAGGUCUCUGCGAGCACCAGUACGGUAACUCGCCCAGGGUGAGGAUCAACGGACACGUAGCAGCUCGCUUCCCGUUCAUCCCUCUGCCUCUGGAUUACAUCCUGCCAGAGCUCCUCAAGAACGCCAUGAGGGCCACCAUGGAGAGCCAUCUGGACACCCCAUGCAAUCUCCCCGAUGUGGUUGUCACCAUCGCUAAUAACGACAUAGAUUUUGUCAUCAGGAUUUCGGAUCGCGGCGGCGGUAUCCCUCACAAUAUCAUAGACAAGGUGAUGGACUACCACUUCAGCACAGCUGAGGAGAGUGCACAGGAUCCCCGCAUGAGCAACCUCUUCAACAACAUCACCAACAGUGGGAAUCAGUCUAACCCUAUGCAUGGGUUUGGCUUCGGCCUACCCACGUCUAGGGCCUAUGCGGAGUACCUCGGUGGCUCUCUGUCUAUUCAGUCUAUGCAGGGCAUUGGCACUGAUGUUUAUCUGCGUCUGCGCCAUAUUGAUGGCAAAGGAGAGAGCUUCAGGGUGUAACGUUCCCCACGUCAGUAAUCCAUGUAGACGCCAGCCAGGAAAUCAGGCCGUGCAGGAGUGCAGAGGGUUUCCCACGACGAAGGCUGGUGAGGACGAGGAUGAAAAGUGUUUUUCAGAAAGCUCCUAAAUUCACUAACCCACUACUUGUUCUUUAGUUUGUCUUUUUGCCUUAGACUGAUUAUAAGCUAUGUUACCUGUCAAGGUGAUGAUUUCUGUUGUUUUUCCUUUUGUGUUCUUUUUGUUUUGUACCCUGUGGCAUGUUGUAUUGAAGUUUGAGGGGCGGGGCGGGUAAUGAACUUUGAAUGUGUAGGUUAUCGGGACAAACUGUGCAUGAUAAUUGAUAUUAUUGAUGACGAUGAUUAUGAGAGACAGAGGAAAGCAAGAAAGAAGAGCUUCAGUUUUAAAGAAGUUCACGAUGAAGUUACAUAUCUCAUAGCCUCAAAGUAGAAAUUUCGAUGAUAAAUGUUUCAAGUGGAACUAUUGAGACACUCCAGCAGCCCUGUCAAAAUCUCCUCAAAGUUAUCAAUGCUGCUCAUGUGUUAAAUUACCAAAUCGUCCCAGCGUGUCAUUGACUGCAAGGGGAAACGUUGUUGGAAGCAGUAUACAUGCUUCGCUUAAGCAUCCUCAUCUUAAAGCUCAUGCGCUCUCCUCAAACACCGCUUUCUUCUUCUGCUGUACAGCUGUGGCUCUUAAAAACAGAAGAAACUGCCAAAAACACCAAAUGCUCAUUAACACUUCUGUCUUCUGUUCUGAUGAGCGUCUUUGUCGAGCAGCGUCUUUGCAGAGCUUUUGAACGGGGAAGUCGACCGAGAUGUUCAGCUGCCUUACGCGUGACACUAGUCCUUUAACUGCAUGCUGAGUUCUUUUGUUUUCUUUGUGGUACUUACCUUUAUUGGGUCACACAGACGCACACCAUGUCAGAACGUUUCACUAGUAAUGAAUAGGUUUCCUGUUGUAAUGCUCAGUGCAGAUCAUAGCAGGCUUUAACAUUGUAACAACUUUCAAAGUAACAAUAUACCAGAGAAGUAUUGUCUGAUAUACGCUUCUUUUUUUCUGUGUUAUUUGACUGUUUUCUCACAGUUUUUCUUUAGGAAGGUGUAUAUUUUCUUUUUAAAACAGGGCUUUGCAGAAGGUCCCAUUUAAUUUCACAGCAUCAGUAGACAAAAGAGUUUCUCCACCGUUAGCCAAGUUUGCUGGUCUUCUAUUAGGUAUAGAUCACUGCUUGAUUAUGUCAUUAUUGUGAAUGGCCAAACUUGUAAGUAGGACACACUUUAUGUGUGUGUAUAGUCAGUGUGAUUGUCAAUUUGGUGGAUGAAAAAGUAGCACCAGUACCCUACAGGUGGGUUCAAAGCUUCCGGCUUCCUCCCACAGUCUAAAGGUGUACAUGUUAGGGUGAUUGGUGACACAAAAUUGUCCGUCUCUCUGUGUUUGCCCUGCGAUAGGCUGGGGCUCCAGAAAAUAGAUGCAUAGAUGGACCGAUGAAAAACAGAAUGUGAAAAUAAUGAGAUAACCAUGUUGUGAUCUCAGUAUUUGUACAAGAAAAUCACAGCAGCAUCUGUACGGACACUGUUGGGAGUAGAGAGAAAAAAUCGAGCAGAGUCAGGUGUUGAAAAAGUUGCGAUAUAUGAGUUAACACAAACACUCCUUGCAGUUUGUUGAACAUUCCCCAGUGGGUCCCAGCUCCAACAGAUCAAUCAGAAUGCUACACCUCUUCUGUUUGAUCCGUGGGCUUGUUAUUGCAUUAACUUUUUUUGUUUCAUUUGAAAGGGCAUUAGAAAUCUUAGGAUGUUAUCUGCAAGAUGUAACAUCUCUAAAUUUUUAAAAUCCGUCAGGUUUUUGUUUGUUUUAGUUUUUUUUUUUUUUAGAUUUCAGUGACACGGUCUUUAUCAUUAGCCUGAAGUUGUGCGACAUAUUAUUCUACAGCUGAAUGCAUAUUACUUGUAUAGACUAUGAACUGGUUAGAAACAAAAUGACAAAGAUCUUUAAAAAGUUGAGUACAGAAAGCUUCAUUUCUUCUUUCCCUGAGUUUACAUACAAAUUAGUUCAAAUGCCAUUUUAAACCUGUGAGACAUUGUGAACGUAUUCUUUUGCCUUCAGAAUCUAUUUAAUUUUGUAAAGGCUGGUAUUUAUUUUGACAUUUUGUGAAGCAAAAACAGCCCCCUAUGAUUAACUGUUUAAAGGUCAGAGAGGGUAUACUGUCUGUACCUGUAUUCUUGAUGAAGCCUUCUACAUGUUUUUAUUACUGAUUUGACAGUCUUGAAGUUCUUGUAUAUACUUUAGCGUAUACACGUUAAGGCGAGGGAGCAUAAACAAUCAUAGCUUCAAAAAAUGCAGGUGAACAUUUGAGGUUUGUAUCUCCUUUUGGAAAUAUUACUGUAAAGAGCAUUUUGAGGAUUCCUCCUAUUAAAAAAAAAAAAUGCUGAGAGUGGUUUUGCACAUUUUGAAUUUCACUGCCAGGCUGUAGCUUUUCAUAAACAUAAAAUGUGCACUGUAUGCCCCCUGUAGGCCACAAAAGAGAAGGGCAGACUGAAAAAUACUGUUCAUGGAGAGAAUAUCAAGUGAUUUUUUUUUUU